AUGGCAGCGGUCCUCUCUAACUCUGCGUUUUCGAGUUGGGGAAUGUCUGGGUCGGUCCUGGAGACCACAGUGGGUGAAGACGUGGACUCCCUGCUGCUGCUGAACCUGGUGCCUGGGACAGAGUACAGUGUGCAGCUGAGGGCCUCCUAUCCCAGCGGAGAGAGCGAACCAGCGCUCGCCAACGCCAAGACACGUGACUAUUGCCCCCUCGCCCCGUACCCGUGUCGCCUUGCACCUGCUCCCCCCUGCCCGCCCGGGGCUGCCUGCCCCUGCCGCCUCCCCCCGCCUCCCUGCCCUGCCUGGCUCGUCCACCUGUUCCGCUGCGCGCACCUACGUCCGGCUGAGCCCGCCUCGCGACCCCAUGCCCCGUUGGCCAUCGGCCACGUUGGUGAAACCCCCCUCCCCACCCACCCCCUAACAUCCCCACAUCCCUCCAUCACCUACCGGCGCCCCUGGACCCCCCUCCCCGCCUCGCACGCCCCCUCUACCUCCCCGCCCUGCCUCGGCCCCACGCCCUCUGCGCCCGCACCAAACCUCGUCAGCCCGCCCACCACCCCGCCGUGCCCCGUCCCUACUCCCCCCGCCACCCCUACCCCCACGACCCCCUGUGUCCCCGCAACACCCCGACCUCUCUCGGGUCCCGACUCCCCAGCCGUCUCCCGCCAUUCCCCUUCGCAGCACCACCGUGCUGGGCACCACCCGCCGCCCGCACCCCCCCCGCCCCCAGUUGUGGUUGUCUCGCCCCGUGUUUUGUUUGUGGGUCGCGACCCUACGCCCACACCGGCCCGUGACAUGUCCCCCCCCCGCGCGGACGCCCCUUCCCAGGCACCUCAUGACACACCGCGACAACCCCCCUCCCCCCCCACGCCUCCGCCCGCCGGAGGUGGGCCCCACACUGCUGGUGCCCCCCCCCCAGCUGUGUACAGGGGUCCGUCUGCCACCCUGGUCCGCACCGGACUCAACUGGGCCUGCCCCACCCUCGUCAACCCCCCCCUCGACCCCUCGACGCCUUGCACCAGUACCGCGCACAUCCGCGGCCCAAGGUCUGCCCACCCCGCACGCCAUCGAGUGCCUCCCCGCGUCGUGGUGUCGCACCGCCGCCCCUGCCGGUGUCCCCCCAUCCCCACACCCCCUUACGCCUGUCCCCAGCACCACCCCCCCCGCGAACCCGCUGGUCCCCUGAGCACCGCUUCCCCGCCACUGUGGGUCAACCGCACUACUCCCCCCGUCCUCCCGUACUCCGCUAUUUGGGAGAUUCGUGGUGUUUGGCGUCCCUGCGUCCCCCCACAGACCAUCUCCCUGCGGCACCUGGCUGCGCUUUAUGUCUCGGUCCGUACUGCGCGUCCCCCCACCCCCCCCACCCCCACCCACCCACCGGAUCUCGUCCCGGCCCAGCACGCACGCUCCGGGUCCCCCCUCCGCGCACUGCCCCCGUACCAGGCAACCCUCGCCCUCCGGCUCAGGCCCUGCCCCCCGUGCACCACCGUCACUACCACCCCCCACCGUUGUUGCUCGCCGGCUCUGUGCCUUAGGCCGUCUGCCCCCCCCAAACUGCCCUGCGCACGUAGAGGUCUCAGCCCUCCAGACUAUCGUCUACUCACCCGAGCACACCCCUGCGGCAUGCAUGACUGGCCGUUGGGUCGCUCCCGACCCCUCUCUGCUCCCCGUGUGCGUCUGCUCUUCCCCCCCCUUGCUCCAGCCCCCCGCUUCUCUCCCCUCUGCUCCCCCGCCGGCGCCUCUCUCUGUCCCGUCCUCCCCUGCGCUCCUCUAUCUUCCCCUUCUUCUCGUCUCCUGUCUCACUAUGCCUCCUUCUCCUCCUUAUCUCCCCCUCUCUCCUUCCUCUCGCUCGUCCCUACCUCUCCUCCUGCUCUCCUCUCUCUGACCCUACACGCUCUAGCGUCUGCCCUCUUCCCCCCUCUCUCGCUGUGUGUCCGUCGAGCAUCUCCCAUAGUCUUGUCUCUCCUCGCCUUCUCCUGCCCGUAUCCCGCUUGUGUUCUCCUCCUUCUGGUCCUCUCUCUCUUCCUCUUCCUCCACCCUCUCUCCGCCCCUCUCCUGCCCUCCACCUUCUUUCUGCGUUCUCUUACUCAGCCUUAUAUGGCGCUCCUUCUCGCACUCUCUCUCCCCGUUUGCCUCUGCUCUCCUUCUCCUUUCUUCUCCUCCGUGCCCUCCCGUGGGUCUUUUACCCUCCCUCUGUCUGACUCCUUGCUGCCGGCCAUCGCCCCCCCCUCUCGACUUCUUCCCCCGGACCCAACUCUCUCCCCCUCCCUCUCUUCGCGCCCCUCUGGCCCUCUUCCCACCGUCGCCUCGCAGGCCACUGACCUGUCUCUGACCUGCGCUGGGUCGUCCCGCCCCCUCCCCCCCUACUCCCUCGCUCCUCCCCCCCCUCUCUCCUCGUCCCCCCCCAUACCCUUCGGCCGCCCCCUUCUCUCCCCUCUCUUCUCUAAACUGAGGGAACUCACAGGGAUAGCGGCUCUCCACGGCGGCCCCCACUGGGAUAGCGGCUCUCCACAGAAGCUCUCCACGGCAGCGCUCCACGACAGCUCUCCACGGCGGCUCUCCACGACAGCCCUCCACGGCGGCUCUCCACAGAAGCUCUCCACGCCGGCUCUCCACGGCAGCUCUCCACAGAAGCUCUCCACGGCGGCUCUCCACGGCGGCUCUCCACAGCGGCUCUCCACGGCAGCCCUCCACGGCAGUCCUCCACGGCAGCUCUCCACGGCAGCUCUCCACGGCGGCUCUCCACGGCAGCUCUCCACGGCAGCUCUCCACGGCAGCCCUCCACGGCAGCCCUCCACGGCAGCCCUCCACGGCAGCUUUCCACGGCAGUCCUCCACGGCAGCUCUCCACGGCAGCUCUCCACGGCAGCUCUCCACGGCAGCUCUCCACGGCAGCUCUCCACGGCAGCUCUCCACGGCAGCUCUCCACGGCAGCUCUCCACGGCAGCUCUCCACGGCAGCUCUCCACGGCAGCUCUCAACGGCAGCUCUCCACGGCAGCUCUCCACGGCAGCUCUCCACAGGCCUAA